AUGGACAGGGCGAGGUGGCAGAGGGUACUGACCCUCGUCCCCAUCUGCCUGGCCCUUGCAUUCUCCCUUACAGCCAUGGUCAGCAGCCACUGGUGUGAGGGGAUCCGAAGGAUGACAAAACCUCUAUGCCAGGACCUCCUGGGGGGAUUGAACUGCAUUCACUCCAGCCAUACCAACAGCAGCACUGGAAGAAGACACGAUGCUAGCCAGGCUGUCCAGUACAUCUGGGAGACAGGGGACGACAAGUUCAUCCUGCACAGGUUCCAUGCAGGGCUCUGGCAGUCCUGUGAGGAAAGCCUCAGCAGCACAGGCGAGCGGUGCAGGUGCUUCCGAGGGAUAGUGCCCACCGAGGGACAAGGUGUUUUGUGGCUCUCCAUUGGGGCUGAAGUCUUGGAUAUCUUCCUGAUACUGACAGGUGCCAUCUUCCUGGGCUUGAGUGUGUGUUGUUACCAUUCCAGAUGCAACUGGCUCAAGGUCGAUGCCUCAGUGGCUAUCCUAAUGGUUCUUGCAGGGCUCCUGGGAAUGGUGGCCCACAUGAUGUACACAACUAGUUUUCAAAUCACCGUGAACCUGGGUCCAGAAGAUUGGCGGCCUCAGACAUGGGACUAUGGCUGGUCCUAUUGCCUCGCCUGGGGAUCGUUCGCCCUCUGUAUGGCUGUGUCAGUGGCGACCAUGAGCAGAUACACUACCAACUACGCAGAGAAGCCAAGGACACAGAAAUGCGGUCCAUACUCUCAGCACAACAUCCCACAGUCUGAAGCUUCACAGCAGAUAUGGCCAACAGGAGCUGCUCCCCGCCCUGUGGGACAAGUCUUUGUGAAUGUUCCUGGGCACCAUCCCCCAGGUACAGGGGGCAAAGUGUCCGUGUGCUAGCCAGUGCUGCACAUGCAGAUGAGCCAUACACUUGUCACCACAGUGAACAUCUCUGGAGUGGGGUUCAGAAGACUGUGGUCUAGACAAACCUUCCAGUAUCCGCCUCUGGAUUCGGCCUCUCGUACCUCCACAAUGCCAGUAUCUUUAGAGGAGAUAGUGUCUACAGAAGAUAUCAACUAUUGACACUCUAGUAUAAAGUAGCAUCAUAGGCUUCCCUGACUCUGAGUUUAAUAAGUCUCCCAAAGGAAGCAGAAUCAUGGAAGUAUUAAGGGGAAAAGAAGAUGGUGGAAAAGGCUCCCCAUCCCUUACAGCAGAUGUGGAAUAUGUUACCAGCACAGAUUUAGUGGCAGACAAAUCUGGAACAUUUUUCUCUGGUUGACACAUGAAAUAUGUGGAUAUACUAUGCUUUCUGAUUUUCAUUAGGAAGACAGAAAUGUUAAAGUAGCCUAAAAAUAUUCUUCACCAGGUGUGAGGACACAGGUUUUUAAUCUCAGACCUCAGGAGACAACUCAUAAUGUCUACUUACAAUGAAGCCAGUUUGGAAGGAUGGUGAAAUGAUAGAAAGAAAUGGAAUGACAUCUUAUCACAGUGAAAUGGAACAAAUGUUUGGAUUGUCCUGCUUAAGUUAAAUCACCAGGCAUUCUUGCAUCUAAAAAUAAACCCCGCCAAGCAUGCAGACCUCGUGGGAGGUGGCGCUGUGCUCAGGACUUCCUGGUGUUCAGUUACGAUCCUGCAUCAAUCUAGGUCUUGUUUUAAACUGGCAUGAGAUUAAGCCACAGGCUGUAGAGGGACCAUGGACUGCAAAAUUCCAAGAACCUUAAAUAU